AUGUCGAGCGCCCAGGCGAAUCCGACGCGUGUAACGCGGGGUCCUUACCUCCAGAAAUCGUGUUCCAACUGCAAGCGCCGAAAGCUUGGAUGCGACGGGCUCCGACCAGUGUGUACCCGAUGCAGCCGACAUCCGCCCAGAGACGGAGCUCCCUGUCUCUAUGCGACGGAGCUGAGCACGGGUGGACGUCUGACUCGCCACGCGAAGAUCGACGUCAAGCUCACGCAGGAUAUCCUGAAUGACUUCCUGCUCAAGUUCUCAGCGACUCAGUUCUGCUUUAUCGACACGCAUACACUCAAGAACAGCUUCCGACCUUUAGGGUACAUCGUUUAUCUCUGGGCCCAUCUCAACUCGCACACACGUCCGCCCGAAUCGCCCUACCGUAUCACCCAGAUUCUCGCACAGAUAGCCGAACACGCCGCCCGCCAGCUCGAUAGCACGCGGUCUCAUGCGGCACCGGAGAUGCUCAGUCUCAUUCAAACGGAAGUUUUGCUCUCGCUCUACUUCCUCGAGACCGGGAGACAGACGGAGGGACAUUUGCACUGCGCGGCGGCCACGUCGCUCGUUCUCACCGGUCGCCUGCACCUCCUUGGCGGAUCGCAGGAGAGCGUUGAUCCGGUCGGUGUCAGCCGCACGGCCCCGAUCGUGCGGUCGGGGGCGCGCACAUUCGAGCUGCACAACGCGUUUUGGAGCGUGGUCGUCUUGAACUGUUAUUGGGUGUGUGCGGCUGGCGUGCCCUCGCUCAUCCCCCAUGGUGCACCGAUCAGUACCCCCUGGCCAACGGCGGCUUCUGUUGCUGGGAUGCAAUCUUUGCCAGCAGACGACGACGUAACUGGCCAGUCGGCGCUGACACUUCUCGUCAAGGCAUCCAUCCUCUUUGAACGCAGCAUGGCACUUUCGCGCAAGCCUCUGACUUCGGAUGAUCUGUUCAUCCUCUCUCAGCGCAUGGUCACCUUCCGUCGCUAUCUCCCGGACAUCGAAACCGCCUCUCCAACGGUACAAAUGUCGCUGCUCACGCACCUGAUGAUCGACUGCGCCAUUCUCCAGCUGCUCAAUUCGUAUGCUUUGACUGCGGCAGACGCGCAGCACAUGUGCGCGCAGUCCGUCUCGACAGUCCGUGCGAACUUGGAGAUAGUGACGGCGCAUGCGGGAUCCUGGGAAUACGUGGAUCCCAUCUUCGGCACCCUCCUCCAAGGGUUCAUCCGUUUUCUCGAUUCGGCCACAUUCCUGUCGAUGCAGAAUCCGGCCCGGGAAGCCGCGCGGCGGGCCAUGCAGGUGUUGGGUCAAAAAAGCCUUUGUGUUCAACGGCAUUUGGCUACAGUUGAGUUGUGACUGUUAGAUUGCUGGUUUGAGUUUUUAUGUAGACUACAUUAUGUUAUGGCUCUCGAAGCCUUAACAAUUCUCAUAAUAUAUGAUUAUGCAAGUUGCUUGCCUUUU